GGCACCACGUACAAGCGCACCCAAACCCACACACUCACAAAUAGUCUAGCCACUUGUGAAGGAGAAAGUGCCUUUCCUUGGGAGAUUUUUCCCGACAACUUCUGUUAAAUUUAAACUUCAUAGAAGGUUAUAGACAACUGAUAAUGACAAAAAUGUACAUGACUGACAAUAAGGUGAAAGAUCACAGUAAACUCAAGUAUGGUGCUAGUUACCGGUACUUUAUAAAAUAGCAUUCUUGACUGUGAACAAUGCCUGCCACGUAUCCUACACGAUGUUUCCACCAUUACUGUGUGGGUGUUCCAUGUCAGUAAACAGUCAUUCCAAACUCAGCAUUUAGUAUUGCCAAGCCAACCUGGGUAAUUAUGAAUAAACAAUGAAACCUGGCCCCCCUGCUUACACAAAUCAUCACCAGCAUCCAGCCUUUAUAAUUAUACUGAUAUUGUACAUGUAGUUGGGAGGGGCGUGGUUUAUGUGGUUUUUCAAAAGAACUUACGUCAAAAAACUCAUGUUCACUCUCCAGGGCAAACUGCCAAGUAUCAAUGAUUUUGUGGAACAUGGAAAACAACUUUUAAAGAAAAGUAAAAAAGGCUACACAAUGGAGGGGGGCUUGAGAAUCCUCCUACAUGUACGAUAACUUUGCCAAUGUCAUUGGGCUAAAACAGCAACAACACAUGAAGUCACAUUCAGCCUCCUGUUAUUGCAACAGUGUACAGCACGCAAUAUCCUGCCUGUGACAUGAUCAAGAGUGAGUCAUACACUCGACCCUUCAAAGAGUGCUGCAUGAACAUGUAUGUGCCAGUUGGACUUUUAAGUUACCAGCGUCAGUGUAAUAUCCGACUGCUUUGCUGGAAACCUCCAGCGGGUCACCUUACUUCACUUCAGCCAGACACUCAAGACACUGGUGCGUGUACUUCCAUCCUCAAUCUGCUUAUGCACAGGAUAUCUACAAACCUGAAUAUGGCAUCCAAUGUCACAGUCCAAUCCGUCCUGAGCAAGAUUAGCCAGGAUCAUCUAGAAUGUUCCAUCUGCUCCUGUUGCUUCAAGGAGCCUAAAAUGCUCGACUGCUUGCACAGUUUCUGCCUAAAAUGCCUCCAAGAGCUCAGACAACAUCAGAAAACAGGUGGCACCAAGCUAACAUGUCCUCUCUGCAGACGUGAUACCCAGCUGAAAAGAAAUGAUGUUGCUGCACUGCCUAAUAACUUCACACUGGGGGCCUUGGUGGACGAAUUCACCAUGCAAGAACAACUUCUCAAAGGUCAAGGGUCAGAGAUCAAAUGUCAGAACUGUGAGGAAGAAAAUGAAGCCAUCUCUAGAUGCAGUGACUGUAAUAAUUUCUUGUGUCUGGAGUGUAAUAAGGCACAUGGACGAAUGGCUAAGAUGAAACAUCAUGUGGUGAACACACUGGAGAAGCUACGAUCAGGUGAGAUCUCUUACAGGAGUAAACUCAGAGAGCAGGUUCCAAAAUGUGGUAAGCAUCCAGACCAGAAUGUCACCAUCUACUGCAACACAUGCGAGCAGCUUGCCUGCACAACCUGCUCUGUUCUAGACCACGCCAAGCACUCCCUCAGUGGACAAACUGAGGCCUGGGGUAGGUGCAAAUGCGAAAUUGCUGCACUAACUGCUAAAGCUGAACUGAAAAAAAGGGAAUUAGUAGCUGCAACAGAGGGAGUCAAGAACAUGAGGAAAGCACUGGAUAGGGUGUUUGCUGAAACCAAAUACAAAAUAGAUCAAAAGAUUCGUGACAGGGUGGCCAGGAUGUACGAGGAGGGUCAUGUGUUGAAGGAGAAAGCAGAGGGCAUCUACAAAGUCAGGGUCAUGACACUGGAAACAGCUCAAGCAACCAAUAGCAAAGAAGCGAGCCAUGCAGAGCAAAAGCUGGAUGAGAUGAAAGGUGUCAUAGAUCAGGCAAGCUGCCACGAGAUACUGGAUCUGAAGCCGAAACUAGUGCACAACUUCAAAGAACUGACAGCAAAGACGGCAUGCAUGGUGCCUGAAGGGUCGUCUUUCCUUGACUUUGAAGGCAAUGACAUGAUAUUUCCCAUUGGGAGGCUGGUAAGUGUUUCUGAAGAUGAUCAAAAACCAAUACUCAGUGCCCAAGCUGCAGAACUGUCAAGCCAAGGGCCUUCAAAUGAGAUGAAGAGGUGUCAAAAAAAGACGGAAAUACACAAAUUUGGAGAGAACAAGACAAAGUUUGAAAUGGCGUCUGAUGUAGCAGUUUUUUCGAACAAUGAAGUGGUCAUUCUCGAUGAAAAGCGCAAACAUUUGAUCGGUUUCUUACCCAAGACACUUCAGUCUCCUGCCGUCUCAAAGGAGCUCAAGAUUCCUGGUGUGCGUAAACCAAGGCGAGUAGCGGUGAACAAGGCCGACCUAUUGGUGGUAUUGGUCGGUCCAUUCAUCAAGACCUUCAACAGGGAAUACCAUCGCUUCAGUGACUUCAAGCCUGGUAUUUGCAGGAGGCCAAACAGCCACCCGACAUGUCUGGCAGUGGACGACAACAAUCUAAUAGCAGUUGGUUAUGAGAAGGAGGAAGAGAUUUCCCUUCACAACCUGGACGGCACCCUCAUCACGAUACUCUCGUCACCAGGAAUUGGUGACUAUUUGACAAGCCACAAGCAGCGCCUCAUCUACACCGACCAGAAGGCACACAAGUUACACUCAAUUGACUACAGUGGCAGAGAGGUAUUCACAACUGACAUAAGCACCAUUGAUAGAAAGGGCAGUGCUAGAGGAGUGUGUAAUGACAAGGAUGGAAACAUCUAUGUUGUAAUACAUUGCUUGUGUGAAUCAGAUGAAAUUCAUUAUUUCGAUCCCAAGGGCACAUACAUGGGACGUGUCAUCAAGGGAUUUAAACAUGCACGGUCUCUCGCUCUAGCGCCAAACAGUGAUCUGGUAGUGGUGGAAGAAAGUUCAGUGGCACUUUGCCGCCAUGUCUAAUGGUGAUGCAGUUAUGUCCUCACCAGCAAUCCAAAGCCUACAUGUAUCAAAAGAAGUUGCCAGCUAUCCAAAUGAAAUGUGCAUCGCACGUUAACCCGUUGUUGUAUUUUAAAGACCAUGUAGCAAAAAUACUAUCGGUAUCCGCACUGAACCUCAGCCCAGAAGCAAAGGCCUUAAGAACGGCGUAUCACAUUAAGAUUGAGGAUACUUGUACAAAAAGAGAAGAAAUAAUUCCUUCCUCUCCUUCAGAGGAGGUUGAAAACAGUCCCCAGAGUUUACAGGGGCAUCUCAAACCAGUCUCCCUUGCCUUUGUUCAAUUACAAAGGGUUGUCUUUGUUGUGGCUAUUUUGUGAACUCUGCAAUAUUGUUAGUUUUGUUGACCAAAAAGUAGUGUGCAUGUGUUUGUUGUGCAUUUACUGGGUAUAUUGCUUUUAACAUCUUGCAGUCUCCAACUAAAAAUAGAAAUUCAUUUUGUGACAAACUUUUGGAAAAUCUUAACUACGAGUCCUGAAGGUGCCCCUGAUAAGGAGGCAUUUACAGAGUAAAAACUAUUACUAACAAGUUGGAAGCACUAUACGGUACAAGUUAAAUAUGCACUUAUGAACUUGUGGUGUGCAUGUCUUUGAUUGAUGAGAAUAAGAAAUUCUCCCUUUUGGUUUGAUUUCCGCCAUACACGUAAAUCGAAUGAUUUCAUUUACAAUACUGGCAUUUCAUAAAUAAUUAUUGCGCUGUACCUCCUAUUUUGCCCCUGAAGUUUGUGACUUUGUUCAUCCAAACACUCUGUUGGACUGGCAUAUAUAUGUAUUCAUGUAUAUAAGAUUAUUCACGGCAUGACAAAUGACAUACCAGUAUCAACCCCUUGUACAAUGCGCACAAAAAGUAGAGGCAAUCAGACAGCCUCAGUUGGAGCAAAGAGCACUGGCUGUCCACUAGAUGCAAUUUCUGACAAUUACACGAGGUCUAAUUAAUCAGGAAGAAUGCAAAUCAGUACCUGCUUUUGGAAUGGCGAUUUGAAAUUCUCGUUUUGAUCUCUGACCUAAUUUUUGGCAGCUGUGGUGGUGGGUUUUAAUACCGGGGCAUUUCAGAGUACAACAAACAGUCCCCAACAAGUCCGUGGAAAAAAAUACCUUGCAGGAAUUGAAGUGUGAAUUGGGCAAAGAUGAUUCAGAUUUAUCGAGAGUAAAGUCUGACACAUACAGUUAGUGAUGUGGUUUUUCAAAAUCAGCUAGAACUUUGCAGACCAUGAGGAAACGUUCAAUGUUAACAAUAUCAGGAUGCUACUAAUCUGUGAAAUAAAGAAAGUAUUAAAUUGUAUAGAGUCAAGUCUCAUAAAUGUGAUCCGCUCUAUGAAAAAGGGUAUUAAGGGACACGGUGCUAUUUCACACUAAGAGCUUUUGUAUGUGGGCAGGGUGAUUUUUACUUCUUGGUUUAUUGGCUUCUAUUAUAUCAGUACUUUCACAAUUCACCCCCAGAAACCUAACAGUGUGGGUAUCAAGAGACUUCCUUCUUGGCUGAUUUCUUUUUCUAUUUCCUGUGUUUAAAGGGCUUUAUCUCUGAAAACAAUUGUUAAUGUGUAUGAUAUGAUUACGCAAAAAUCAGUUUAUUAGAUCUCCAGAUUGCAGAAUGCCACAGGGUUCAAAUCUGCACCAAAUUAAACCUUAGAAAGAAAGUAACCAAUUCAAAUGUGUAGGUAACUCGUUUUGAUAAAAUGUCCCAUAAUACCCAUUUUUGUGGGGGCGGUCACAAAUGAGACUUCCUUCAGAUUUUGCUGCUGGUUAAUACUUUGUUCUAACAGGAACCUUGUACCAUCAGGAAUGAAAGUAAUGAGGAAAAAAGGAUCAAGACCUAAAAAUUUGCCUGUUAUAAGCAGAAUGUUAUUCUAACAGAGCUCUUAUUAAUGAGGUCUGACUGUAGAUUUUGUUCUAUUUUGUUCUCUCCCUAAAUCCUUAAAGUUUUAAAGAUUUAGAAAUUCUGUAGCUUGGGUUUGGAAAAAUUGGAUGUUAGUGAAAAAAGGGGCUUUUAGGGUGAAUCGGUUUAUUACUAAAAAUAAUGAGAAUUAUUUGAAAUUUGGAAACCUGACUGUAACCAAAUACGGUAGAUUUCUACAUCAUUCCAAACCAUUACUUCUUUAUUGCAAUCAAUUAUAAUCUGACACAUAAACUCACUAAGGCCAAUGUAGCGUCAGAAUAUUUGGUAAUCGGACUAACACAUUUUGAUUUUACAAGGGAGCUACAAUGGGAGCAAGCAUGCCAGGGGAGGUAUAGCACCCCGUAUCCCCUAUUUCAAUUUCAACGGCAAUAUUUAUAUAUAUCCACACUUUCAGUAAGUCAGUCUGAGUUUGCAAAUAAAGUAAAUUUAAUCUUGGAAUAAUAAUAAAUACAUCAUACACGCAUUAAGUGGCAAUUUAUAGUAAAAAGGAGAGAAUCUCUGUCAAGCCUUUCAAAACUCUUGCUUCAUUUACAGAUUGCCAUUUCUUUUGUUUACGUUGCCAUGAGCAUCAGAAUUGAUGGAAUGUGCGCUAUACGAAUAGCCACUAUUAUUACAAUUGUCUCAAAAUUGUUUAAUGAUGUUAAAUCUAUACUGUGUGACACUUCCCAAUGUUUUCAAAUUUAAAAGGAAUUCCUCCACUCCAAAUUUUAAAUUUCAUUAAAACAUUCCCCGUUAGUUUACUCUCCCCCAAACAGUAUGAAAAUCAGAUCCAAAUGGUUUGUCAGUUUUUUCCUAAAGAUAUAAACAUGAGAGAUUUUGUUUAGAAAAGUUGCACGCAUGUUUGUCUUACCUUGAAUUUUUUGCG